AUGUUCCAUCAUGUUGUCUCUACUGUACUAGCAGCUGCUGUCAUCAUUAUCAACUGGGACUCCCUAUGGACCUUGGCUAGCUUCGGGUACAACACUGACUAUUCCCUCGUCAACAUACUACAACAUUUCAACAUUGGCUAUUUCACAUACGACCUGGCCCAUGUUCUCACUUGGGACCGCAAGUUCCUCGGUCAUCAUGUAGUUGCCAUUGCUGGUUUCCUUACGUCUGAUGUCGCCAAUGUAUUCGGCCUGGCUAAUGCUGUGAACACUUUCAUCACGGAGUUGGGUUCAAUAAUGUACAACUACUACAAUACUAGACGCUCUACUACGACCUAUACAGUCUUCGUGGUAGCGUAUUCGAUCUCGAGAGCCUUCUUACUAACAUGGAGUUUCCGUGUGCUCUGGCAAGCGACUCAUCCUCCGGCCGAUUACGUGUACCCAUUUUGGGCGCCUUAUGCGAUGGUCAUUUUGCAGUCGUCAAUUUUCAUCAUUAACUUCAAGUUCCAGUUAACUCACUUGAGGAAACUAUAUAGGAUACUCUCCGGACAGAAGGCCGCACCAAAGCCAGUCAAGAGUACUGAGACUGAACUGCAGUCGGGUGGAGAAGCGGUCAACAACAACAAGGAGGAGGAGGAAGAGGAGGAAAGCGUCAGCGACGAUGAGAAUCCGGCCAUUCCAAAACGAAUUUUACGUAAUCGUGCUAAUGGUGUUGCCCUUGGAGAGACGACCACAUAUUCGUUUUUACGUCCUUCUUGGUCACCUCCUGCUAACCUACCUUGGGACGAUAGGAAAGGUCCUAAAGUAGCAGCCGUGAUGUUCACUGAAGACCCGACUGGUGUCGUCACAUCCUUUUUCCUAUGCGGCUCGGUUUUCAUGUUCUACCUCUACCAGAACGGGAGUGUUCGAAAGUCGUGCGAUCUUGCCUCGAUGUUCCACCAUGUGACAGCGAUGGUGAUAGCUCUUGCGGUGAUCAUCCUAAACUGGGAUGAGCUGGUCUCGACCAAUGCCUCUUACGCGUAUAAUUCGGAUCAUAAGUUGGUCAAUACACUACAGUACUUCAACAUAGGCUACUUUUUGUAUGACUCAAUACACGUGUUAUCGUGGGACAGGAAGUUCAUCCCUCAUCAUGCUGUGGCUAUCGCUGGUUUUGGUCUGUCGGAUGUCUCAAACGUUUUCGGUCUGGCAAAUGCCGUGAAUACUUUCAUCACGGAAAUGGGGUCUGUCAUGUACAACUACUACAACUCGCAUAAGUCCACCAAGACCUAUAUCGUAUUCGUGGCGGCCUAUUCUGUAUCUAGGUUGGUCUUCCUGGCGUACAGCGUGUUAGUUUUCUACCAAGCUUUGACCCCACCACUGGAGUCGGUGUACCCUUGGUGGGCCCCUCUAGUUAUGAUAUCUCUCCAGGCGAUGCUAUUCGUGGUGAAUUUAAAGUUCCUCCUCACACACUGCCGCAAACUGAGGAGAAUCUUGCGGAAGCAACGAGAGGAAACGGGAAGUAUGGGUUGGAAGGUCAUCGAAGCCUACAUCACACAGCUUGUUCUGUUCUGUUUUGGUCCUGUCUGA